AUGUAUAAAAGCAAAUUACAAAAUCAAGAUGAACAUUUACAACAACAACAAAAGGAUUUUCCAAUCGUUUGUGAAAAUUGUUUAGGUGACAGCCCAUAUUUAACAAUGACUAGAUCAGAAUUUGAUAAAGAAUGUAAAAUAUGUACUAGACCAUACAAUGUAUAUAGAUGGAAACCAGGAUCAAGUUCAAGAUAUAAGAGAACAGAGAUUUGUAAAACAUGUUCACAAGUUAAGAAUGUUUGUCAAGCUUGUAUACAUGAUUUAGAAUUUGGAUUACCAGUUCAAGUUAGAGAUGCAGCAUUAGCAGCAAAUCAAUUUGAAAACUCUUAUGUUACAGAUAAAGGUAUUGAAUACCAAGCAACUGAGAAUCAACGUUUAAUUGAUAACGGUUUAAUAUCAUAUGAUAAUUUUCAACCAAGUGAUAUCGUUACAAAAUUAGCAAAAACAAUACCAAAAUCAAAUUUUAAUAAUAGUAGUAAUAAUAAUAAUAAUAAUAAUAAUAAAAAUGAUUCAAAUGCACCAAAAAUAUGCUCAUUCUUUCAAAAAGGUAAUUGUAAUCGUGGUGAUGAAUGUCCAUAUAGACAUGAUUUAAAUAGCAGCAAUACAGAAAUAAAAGAUGGUGUAAAUAAAAUACAACAACAAAAACCACCAAAGAAACCAAUCGAUCAAAGUAUAACAACAUUAUUUUUAGGUAAUUUAGAGUUUGAUAAGAUCACUGAAGAUCAUAUUAAAAAUAAUUUAUUUGUAUUUGGUAAUAUUAAAAAGGUUAAAUUAAUUGAACAUCAAAAAUGUGCUUUUGUAACAUUUGAAACUCGUGAAUCUGCUGAAUCCGCAAUAGAUUCUUUAUUUAAUAAUUUUAAAAUUGAUAAUUGUGAAAUUAAAUUAAAUUGGAGUAAAUCAAAUAAACCACCACCAAUUCAAAAUACAAAUAAUAACAAUAAUAAUAAUAAUUCAUAUCAUCCUUAUCAACAUCCAAAUAAUAAAAUAAAUAAUAAUAAUAAUACAAAUAUAGAAAAUACAGAAGAAAAAGAAUUAUAUUCAGCAGCACCAACAGAUAAACCAAAACCAAUUACAAUUAUGAAACCAAUGGGAAUUAAAUCUUUCCCAACUUUUAAAAUUAAUCCAACUCCAACUUCUUCCUCCUCAUCUUCAUCAACAACUACAAAUAAACCAUACUACUCCUCAAUGGAUCCAAGUAAUUAUGGUAGUAAAUAUAGUUCAUAA